GCUCGCCCUGCGGGCAGGAGGAAAGGAGGCGGGGCCAGUCCUCCGCGAAAGGGCCGACGGGAAAAGGGAGGCCGGGCGAGUGAGUGAGUGAGUGGGCGGGCCGCUGGGUCCUGCGUGUGCGCGGCUCUUCUCAGGGUCCGGGCCUGCCUGGCGUGGCCCACCGGCUCGGCGGAGCCCUCCGGAGGCCGCGCGAGGGCAAAGGUUUGCCCUCCUUGCAAAGUCCUGGAAUCCAGAUGUCGCUAGCCUGUGUCUUGGAGCUGCCCUCCUCUGCAGUCUGCCCAGAUUCAGCCACGAGUGUGGCUCCGACAGUUGCUGCCGACUUCUCCUCCACUGCUACGGCGCUCUUGAUCCUUGGCUGGAUUUGCCAUAGCUGUCAAUGGCCAUGUCUGGCCCAAGUGGAAAGGUGCCUCUGAGGAUGAGGGCACCCAGGGAAGCCAGCCCACAGCCAUGCGGGCCUUUGCCCCUGAGAGGAACAGGUAAUGUUGAGCUUCUGUCUCAUGGAAUAAAGCUGCCACCCACAGGGGAAGGCUCGGCUGCCUGUCAGAAUCAUGUUCCACACCCACCCGGUAGUGGUAGCAAGAGCCAACCGGACUCGGGAAGCACUGCAGAAAUUGUCCCGUGUGUCCAGAACCAUUCCACCGAAGAGAUUGCUUCAGGUAUCUUGGCAAGCUUUGACUUAUCUAUUCAAGACCUGGAGGAACUUAGUUGCUAUCCGGAUGAUCAGCUGACACCCGAAAACAUGCCUCGGAUUCUGAGGGACAUCCAGACCCGCAAACUGGCUCGUCAGUUGCCCCAUUUACCUUCUCAGAGCACAGGAAAGGUAACUGCGCACAGUGACGAUGCCAUGAUGGCUGAGCACGAGGGUGGCGAUUCUGAGGGUCCCCUUGAAGGCAGAGUCCAGAGUUCUGAUGUGCCAACUGAGGAGAGCGUGGGAGGGUUACAAGCGCAGCAGGUGGCUUCCGUGACUGCUGCACCUUCCCGUGCACCCAGUAAUCCACUGAACACAGCUGAAGAGCCAAAAUGGCAAAGAGGGAUCCAGGCAAAAGCCAAGAGGAAAAGGAAAAGCCAGCUCAUUCCAUCAGCAACUAACGAGGACGACUGUGUGCCUCCAAAGUUUCCAUUUACAUGUUCUCUUUGUCAGACAGUAUGUAUAGAUAUCAAGGAUUGGACUCAGCAUCUGAAUACUCCUGCCCACACAGUGUCCUGCCUUCAGUUGCACCAACAGAGCCUUGAACAUCCCAUGACAAGUAGGCCCAAAAGCCAAAGUCCCACACAGCUCUGUUCUCCAGAGCCAUCUGAAAGAUUUGUUCCACUCGGAUCAGCUAUAUCUCCAGAUGAGUGGAACAAGGCACAGAAGACCUUGAUCUGGGUGGUGGGCCACGACAUCCCCUUCUGGGCCCAUAAUUACUGUCACGACCGAAACCUUGGGCUGGUGCCAAGGGCCAUCAUUUGUUGGGCCUGCAAGACGGGAAUGCUUUGGGAAGAGCUCCUGCCCCUUCUUUUCGGGAUGGCAGCUGUAGAGCCCGCCCCGGAUGUGCUGGCAAUCCACCUGGGGGAACUUGACCUGGACAGAACACCAGAGGCUGAGCUGGUGAGCUACGUGGUCAGGGACCUGAUGGAAAUCCGGAAAGUGUUUCCCCACACUGUGCUCUGCUGGAUUGAAAUGCUCCCUUGUAGGAAAUGGCCGGAUGUCCCGGGCCCUUCAGCAGUUAACGAGGCCCGGGAGAGAAACAACAGGAGGAUUGGUGAGGUCUUUCGCUGGCAGCACGGGGAACUCUUGCUGCAGGGUGGCAUCUCGGCUGAGCAGCCUGAGCUCUUCCUGGAGGACGGAAUGCACCUUUCCUCUUUGGGGAUGGAACUUUAUUUGGGCAACCUCAAGCAAGGCUUCCUUAGCCUCCUUUCACGCGGGGUUGGGAGCAAGCCAGACUCUGGACUGCUCUGCAGGCCCCAUCUGUGGUGGGGUUAGCUAGGUGGCAGAAGAAGGCAGGACCAUGAAGAUGGCGGGGAGGGGUCAGGUGCUCCCUUUGAGCGGGGGCUUGAGCUCAUCUAAGGGUCAACCCCUGGAGGGCUUGAAGGCCGAACUUGGCCUUGGCCUCUUCGGACGGGCCCUCCUGGGGCUGCCUGGCACACCGUUCAGUUAGCAGCCCGUCAGGCGAGGUUCGGAGGGCUGAGCAGGCCUGGAGGCCGUUACGGCUUGUGCAGCCGCCAGCAGGGAUGUCCGUCCAUGCGAGGGUCUGUCAUCUCGCUCCCUUGUUGCUGCGGCUGUGUAGUUAACGGUCAAUAAAGUCCUGACUCGGUGUUUUACCUGCC